AUGACCUUUUCUGGCCACCAUAGGUGGUUGAUUGCCUGCACAGCAUUGCUUGCAGUCUUCGUAGUUGGAGCCAAUGGCGUUGAUAUCUAUCUAGAAUGGAAUGUUGCCAUUGACACCACCAUCAAUCCCACUAUUCUUCAGCAACCUGUUAUAACGAUUAAUGGGAUGUUCCCUGGACCCCUCGUCAAUGCCUCCACCAAUGAUUUCAUCCAUGUGAACGUCUUCAACAAUUUGGAUGAACCCCUGCUCCUGACAUGGAAUGGCAUACAGCAGAGGCUAAACUCUUGGCAAGAUGGGGUGUCUGGCACAAACUGCCCAAUCCAACCUGGUAAGAACUGGACUUAUGUAUUUCAGACCAAGGACCAAAUUGGCACUUUCUUCUACUUCCCCUCCAUCAACUUCCAAAAGGCUGCGGGAGGAUUCGGGCCUAUUCGAGUCAACAAUCGUAUUGUGAUCAAUGUUCCCUUCCCUAAGCCAGAAGCAGAGUUUGAUCUUCUCAUUGGUGAUUGGUCGUACACCAGCUACAAGGAUGCCAGGUCGCUCAUACAGUCCAACAAUACGCCAGGACACCUUAAUCUUCCUGAUUUUGUUCUAAUGAAUGGCAAAGGCCCUUAUGGGUACCCGGGGAUAGUCAACUAUGAAUCCUUCACUGUGUCACAAUGGAAGACAUACCGGUUCAGGAUAUCAAACGUGGGAAACGAGUUGAGUUUCAAUUUCAGGAUUCAGAACCAUCAAAUGGUUGUGGUUGAAACAGAAGGGUCUUACACCCAGCAGAUUACAUUGGAUUCUCUUGAUGUCCAUGUAGGCCAGUCCUACUCGGUUCUUGUCACUGCCAAUCAAAAGGAAGCAGACUAUUACAUUGUAGCAACUCCUAAAAUGCUCAGCACUACAGAUAACAGCAGCCUUGUGGGUAAAGGGGUACUACACUAUGCCAACUCCAACACACCAGUAAGUGGUCCUUUGCCAAGUGGCCCUGAUCCAUUUGACCGAGCAUUUUCGGUGGAUCAAGCUAAAUCCAUUAGAUGGAAUAUGACUGCUGGUGCAGCAAGGCCUAACCCACAAGGAACAUUCAAUGUAUCCAAUGUGACACUCUCGCAAACCUUCAUCCUUCAUGCAUCAAUGGCCAACAUCAGUGGCUUACCACGCUAUGUGGUCAACAAUGUGUCAUACCUCACCCUGGACACACCAUUAAAGCUGGCUGAUCAGUUUGCUAAUGGGUCUGACGUGUACCAGCUGGAUCAAUUCCCAGUUCAGUCCGUGAAAGAUGCUGCUGAAUAUGGAGUCUUCGUUUCCACCGGGAACCACAAAGGGUGGAUAGAACUCGUGUUCAAGAAUGAUUUAGAUGUCAUGGAUGCUUGGCAUUUGGAUGGGUUCGGCUUCUAUGUUGUUGGCUUCGGAGAUGGGGAUUGGCAGCCUGAACUGCGCUCAACUUACAACCUUCUGGACCCUGUUGUCCGCUCCACCACGCAGGUGUACCCUGGAGGAUGGACUGCAGUUUAUGCAUUCCUUGACAACCCAGGAAUGUGGAACUUGAGAUCACAGAACUUGAAGAAUUGGUACCUGGGCCAAGAGCUCUACGUCAGGGUUUAUGACCCAGAUCCCAACCCCGCCAAGGAGCGCCCACCACCGGAAAAUAUCCUCCUAUGUGGAAAGUUUGAAACUUCAGCUCCGGCCAGCUCACCAUCAGGGCCACCAGCGGCACCAGUACCGCCAGCGGCACCAGUACCGGCUAAUGCGGCAUUUGGACAAACACCAUGGUUUCACAUCCUCCUCUUCAUCUCCAUUGUUGUAAUACUCUAAAUUGGCCUUGCAAACACAUGGUGGCAUUUUGCAAAGUCCAAGGCAUUGUUUUCUUUAGAGAAAAGAGACAUUGCUCUCUGUUUGUUUUUCUUUAGAACAAAUUGUAAUUUAAGGGAGAGAGGGAUGGCUAUGGAAAAUUUGCAUUAAGAUUAGCCAUAUUGACUUUGGCUAUUAGGUGGAUAAGCAUGGAGGGAACAUGUUGCAGAUAUAGUAUAAAUUAAAAGCAUAAACAGAAGAAAAUCAUAGAAAUAAAAUAAGAUA